AUGCUUGUAAAAGACACCAUAGGGUUGGCGAUCUCCGAAGCCCUGAAACGAGCCCACCAAGACGGAAUCCUCAGCAUUGACACUGUCCCGGACAUCGAGGUCGAUCGACCGAAUAAUCCGGACCACGGUGAUUUUGCGACCAACCUUCCGUUGCGUCUGGCCAGGGCAGCACGCACCAAUCCGCUGCAGUUGGCCGAGGCUAUUGCAGAACGCGUGGAGGUCGGCCCCGAGAUUGCCAGCGUGUCUCCGGCUGCUCCCGGGUUUAUCAACUUCAAGCUGAGUGACGGAUGGCUGCAGCGUCAGGUGGAGUUGGUACGCGAGGAGGGGAGCAACUUUGGGGCUACCGACAUUGGCGGCGGCCAGAAGGUUAUGGUCGAAUUCGUCAGCGUCAACCCGACGGGUCCGGUCCACGUGGGUCACGCUCGCGGAGCGGUGCUGGGGAGCGCCCUGGCGAACGCCCUGGAAGCGGCGGGGUUUGCCGUAACUCGAGAGUAUUACAUCAAUGAUGCAGGGUCUCAGAUGGAGGCGUUCUACCGCUCGGUUUGGGCCAGAUACCAGCAGGCAUUGGGCAGAGAAGCUGCGAUGCCGGACAACGGGUAUCAGGGUGAUUACAUCCACGACAUCGCGGGCGAAAUUAUUGGAACGGAAGGUCCCCGGUUUCUGGAACUGAGCGAAUUGGCGGCGAUACGUGAGAUCGGCGAUCUGGCCCGCGAACAGAUGGUAAGCGUAAUACGGGAUGAUCUCGGCGCCAUCGGCGUAACGUUCGACAACUGGUUCAGCGAACGCUGGCUGUAUCAGCAAGGCGAUUACGAAAACGCCAUCGCAAAGUUGCGUGAAGGCGGCCACCUGGCUGAGCGCAGCGGCGCCCUGUGGUUUAAUUCGACGGCUCUCGGUGAUGACCGCGACAACGUGGUGGUGCGCUCAUCGGGGGAACCCACGUAUUUCGCAUCCGACAUUGCCUACCAUUUCAACAAAUUCGACGGCCGCGGCUUCCAACGGGUGAUCGAUAUCUGGGGGGCCGACCACCAGGGACACGUGCCGCGGAUGAAAGCCGCGGUGUCUGCUCUGGGCAUGGAGCCCGAAAAUCUAACCGUCCUGAUUUCGCAAAUGGUGACGCUGAGACGUGGGGACGAAACCGUGCGCGCAUCCAAACGCACCGGGGAUUUUGUAACCUUGCGGGACCUGGUAGAUGAAGUAGGAGUGGACGCCUGCCGGUAUUUCUUCCUGGCUCGCGCCGCUUCCACGCAGAUGGAAUUCGACCUGGAGCUGGCGACUCGCGAAUCAGCUGAGAAUCCGGUUUAUUACGUACAGUAUGCCCACGCCCGCAACGCCAGCAUUCUCAAACUGGCGGCAGAUCGCGCCAUAGACUUUACUGAAGGCAACGUCGGUCUGCUGUGUGAUCCACAUGAGUUGCACUUGAUCCGGACCAUGUUGAGGCUGCCGGAGCUCGUGGUUCAGAUCGCCGAAAAUCUGGAGCCGCAUCACUUGCCGCAUUACGCAAUGGAGUUGGCGACCGCGUUCCACCAUUUUUACGAGAAUUGUCGCGUGAUUUCGGCCAAUCCUGAAGACAAUGAGACCACGUUGGCGCGCCUGAAACUGGUGGCUGCGGCCCAGGUGGUGUUUCACCGGACCCUGACCCUGAUGGGAAUGUCUGCGCCGGACCGAAUGGAUCGAACCCAGUAG